CCUCCCCCCAUACCUCACCCCCCCCCAUCACAUCGAGAAUUCUUUUCAACUCUAUAUCACCGACGCCCCAUCGGCGAUAUCGUAUUUAAUCAUGGGCUUACUAUCAACCCGUUUCCUCCGCAUCCCGCGGCCAACGACAUUCCUUUAUGUGAUGAGUCUCCGGACCGGCGCUUCUCUCAUCACUUUGUCCCUCCUUCUCAAUAAGAUCAGUGGGCUCUAUGGCCUUCUCGCCCUCCUGACCGGCUACCACCUCUCCCCCGUCCAACUGUCCAUGUACCUGUAUUCCCUUGUCGCUCUCGGUCUCGCCGCGCUCCUCUUCCCCCAUAUCCGGAAACAGACCCCCCUGCAAUGUCUGGCCCUCGCGUGGCUGUACGUGUUCGACAGCGUCAUCAACGCCGCCUACACCGCGGCCUUUGGCGUGACCUGGUUCUUGGUGAUCUCCCAGCACUACGACAGCGACGCGGCAUCCGGCCCCGGCAGCGAGACGAUCGAACAGACGGCCGGCUUCACCAAUCCCAAGUACGACACGUCCGACUACAGUUCCAACGAUCACGAGGCGAGAUCCGCGCUGGAUGAUGGGCUGAGCAAUGCCGUGUCCCAGCCCGAGAGCUUCCAAAGCAUCGUCUGCAUCUGUUUGCUGUGGAUCGUCCGCGCUUACUUCGUGUUUGUCAUGCUGGCGUUCGCCCGCCAAGCUUUGCGCCGUUACAUGGCGGUACCUCGCCACACCCAGCUGCCCACCCAUAGCCGCAGCACCUCCAUGGCCAGCGUCGCCAGCGUGGCCGACAUCGACCGCGAGCCGUUCUCCCCCUUCAGCCCCGAAGGCCAAGGCUGGAAGGGUAAACUGGGUCGCGCCAUGAUCGGCGUCGGUCGCAAUUACUGGCUGGGCGAAGACGAGGAUAACAGCAGCUGGAUGAACGUGGUCGGCCCCCGGCUCCAGCCCCGGGGCGAGCCCGAUAGCGGGCUUCUCCCCGGUCCCCUCGAGCGGGAGCGGCGCCGUCGAUCUGGGACCGGGCCUCCGCAGCCCUCCCAGUCCGCUGUCCAGGCGGCCGCCUUGCAACAGCCCAUCUACGAGCAACCUCCGCCCUGCAUCAACGUCAAGAUGCACGACUGGAACGACCCGCGGUAAUUCGUCGGGACUGCAUGUCUGGAUGCUCGGUGUGCGAUCCGAUCAUCCAACGUUGUAUUCGUAUCGCCUCCGUUCCCCUAGGACGUUCUUCAAUUUCUGGAAGAUAUCGCAGACCGGUUGGUCUGACUUUUCUCCGUCUAAUAUUCCCCCCCCACCUCCUUUUCUUUUCCCCUCGGUACAGAGAGGGGAACUGCUCUCCCGUCCCUUCGCUUGCACAUGAUGUUAUUGGGUCGUAUUUCUCUUGUUUCUAUAUAUGCCGCAAUGACCUACAUACCCUAGUUGGGCCAUCAGGUGGAGCGGUUCCAGAGAUCUCGUGGUCUCUGGCAACCUCUCCGCUGUUCUCUUCAGAUUUCAUUAUUGGGAAAGGCGUUGGUUUUUUUUGAGGGGCCACGGGGACGUCUUUUUGUUGGCGGAGAGGUCCGGCUUGGGCAGGGCACCUGGGAAUUCUUGUAGGCUCCCGGACGCCCUUGAAGUCCUAAGGCAUGACCCGGGCGUCUGGGGGGGCCUUGUAUAUUGUUGAUCAAGAUAAGGGUUUUGCCGUGUCUGUUGGUUCACUGGCGUUUUGGGAUACUACCAUAAUAGGGAUUGCAUAUUGCUGUACCCUGUCAUCAGAUAAGAUAUACAUAUUGAUUCUUUCUUGACCU